GAGGAGGGAGUCACUCUGAGCGCCGCCGAUAUUCCCAACAAGCUUUGCAGGGGAGAAAACUGUGUGUGUGACACACAGCUAAAGACGAGUGUGUGGUUUUCUGUGUGUGUGUGUGUGUGUGUGUGUGUGUGAAACCACUAGAAGAGGCUUUGACAGUACAACACACACACAUAAUUUUGAGCUCUGGGCUUCAGUGCGACUGCAGGACAGAAAGCUGCCUUCAGUGUCGAGGUGGAAGCUGAAAAGAACAAGAAGAAGAGGAGAGAUUUGUUCUCAGUGGCUGGUGUGAUCUGCUUUGUUUCUACCAGAGGAAGAAGAAGAAGAAGAAGAAGAACUAGAAGUAGUGUAGAAGAAGAAAAGAGGCCAACAUGUCCAACGCUCUGCUGAGGAGAAACUCCAGCAAACAGGGUUUACAAAACCUGAUGAGGCUGACGGCUCAGAGGAGCAUCGAGGACGCCGAGGAGGUGGAGAGGGAGCGUCGUCGAAGAGCCCGGGAGGCUUCGCGCUGGACGAACGGGGGCUCGCCACCUGGAGAGUUUUCACCUGAGAACGAGACGCCGGCAGAGGAGAAGAUGUACGACGGCGACCUGAAGCCGAGCAGUUCUCCGUCUCUGGAGGAGGACGAAGGCUUCAGCGACUGGACUCAACGGCGAGAAAGACGGAGGCAGCAGCGCCUGCAGGAGCUCAGUCAGGGAGGCGAGGAGGACGAGGACGAAGAGGAGGUCACAAUAAAUAAAGCUGCACCCGUAAAGACUGUCCAGGCCUCGGUCAUGUCCUCCAGCCAGCUCCAGAGACACGAGCGGGAAGAGGUAGACAGGACCGAGAUGGAGACGGAGAGGAGGAAAGAACGUGAGGAGGAGGCGAUUCAAGCUGAGAGGGUGAGGAGGGAGAAAGAGAGGGAGGAGGAGGAGGACAAGAGGAAGAGAGAGGAGCAGAUGACCAGGAGGAAGGAGGAGAUUCAAAGGCCGAAAACAGAAGUGGAGAAAAGAAAAGAAGUUAAAAUCUCCUACACGUCCAAGGUUUUCCUUCACCAAGAGCCGAAACACGACAACGCCAAUGAAGACGCAACCAAUGAGGAAAUGACAUCACACAUGAGCAACAAGACAAAAAGGACCACCAGCAGAGUGAUGGAGCCAGAGGAGGCGGACGCCAUCCUGGAGACGGAGCAGCGUCUGGAGAAGAUCCGGCAGAGUCUCCAGCAGAAGGAGAGCCAGGAGCUGGAGCAGCUGAGACACCGACAGGUCGAGGCCGAGCAGGAGCUGGAGGAGCUGAAGAGGAGGAGGGAGGGGAGGCGUCGAGUCCGGGAGGAAGAGGAGCGCCGGAGGGAGGAGGAGGAGCAGCAACGGCUGACCAAAGAGGAGGAGGAGAGGAGGCGGAUGAAGAAGGACAUCGAGAGGAGGAGGAUGGAGGCAGCAGAGAGGAUGAAGAGCCUGAGUACGUCCAGCGUGGACGGAGACGAGAUGUUCAGUCCCUUCAGUCCCAAAGCUCCCACACACAAGAUCACAGAGAGAACGGAGUCGCUGAACCGCUCGCUGAAGAAAAGUAACAGCUUUAAGAAGACGCAGCCUCUCAUCCUGCUGCCCAAGAUCGACGACAAGAUGGAGCAGUACGCCCACGCCGUGGAGAACUCGCAGGAGGCCCGGGCAGUGAAGGCAUCACUGGCCGACCUGCCUUGCUCACCUGAGGUCGUCGCCUCCAAGAAAAACCUGUUUGAGGUCGGAGAAGCCUGGAGCCAGAGCCCCACGAAGGGGGCGACCAGCAAGGACGCCGAGGGGCUGAAGGUGGGCGUGGCCGGCCUGAUCACUCAGUGGGUGAAGGGCCCGUCUGAGGGCAGCAGACAGUCGUCCUGCAGACCGACAGAUGUGAAACCUGGAGAUGUGAUGCAGAAGAAGAACAUGUGGGAGGUGAUUGGAGACUCAUCAGGGAGGCCUGGACAGAGAGCCAAGGCCUCAGCAGCUGGUAAAAAGUACAAAUUUGUCGUCACUGGUCAUGGAAAAUAUGAGAAGAUCCCCGUGGAGAACGAGGACGGAGGAGAGAUCACUAACGGAAAGUCUGAUUUCUAUCAUGAUUGCUGAGGGGGUGUCGUCUCUUCAGGAGGACACCGCUGGCUAUAAAGAUGUCAAACAGAAGCAGCAUUGACAGACUCAAUAUUUCAUUUAUUCCAAUAAAUCACUUUUUCUGACUCUCUCAGCUGGACGAGAAACCAACAGCUCAAGUCCAAAAGAUCUGAUCAUAAAAUGUCUACAUCUGUUCAGUUUUCUCUUUCCUCUAUCUGACAAUCUGUUUCUAUGAUUAUGUAAAUAUCUGCCCAUGAGCUUUAACGUUUCUGUAUUCUUCUUCACGACGGUAUUUAGGUGAAUCAUCCCUAAUCUCUGCUUGAUCCUUGUACGAUGGUAUGUAGGGAAACUCAAAAGUCUUUUGAAUAGAAGAAGUUUAGUUUUUCCAAUCAUGUAGAUUUAAUGGAUCACGCUUUGUGACGUUGUCCGUUCUGCACAUAAACUUUGGCUGAGGAACAAUCUGAAACAUCUGAGUUUGGGAGAGACGUAAAGUGCUUUGAGUUCACACUGAUUGAAAUAAUAACGUAAAGUGUGAGUUUUAGCAUGUAGGCUCACUCGGUGCAGCCAUGUGCCCAGAAUGGAGCACACUGAUUUGUUAUCUGUCUCAUCUCAACAACCUUCACCAAGCAAACGCCUGAUCAAUACAACUGAACUCUUUUUCCUGUGUAUGUUUUUAUCAGCUCUGUCUCUGUAUGACUGCAGACAUUUUUCACCUUUAAUAUCCAUUUAUUGAGAUUUCAGAUUGUUUGUGUUUAUAACCCCUUUUCUUAAAUAAAUUAAAAUAAUUUUCUA